AUGGUCUUCGGUCGUCGCAAGAGAAGUGCUUCUGCCCAUUAUCAGCCACUCUCCUCGCCCGCCGCUCAAUCCGCCCAGUCCGCCGCCAGCCAUGCAUUUCUAAAAUCGCAAACCUCAAAUGCGAGCCUAUCCUCUGCAGCGGCCGCGGCAGCUUUACGAAACCUCACGCCCACCCCGACUUCCGUCGAAGAUGUCCAGACAAAACGGAUGGUUCAGCGCCGCGCAUCGGUCCAGUCGCAGGCCCCUCUUGGCGGGCGGCGUUCGGUCAGCGCGAGCGGAACACUACGUCGCUCCUCCAGUAACAGCUCCAUGAGCGCCCGUACCUUUCGCGAUCAGUCACCUAGUCGUCCGCUCACUAGCUCUGGGCCGAUAUCUCCGCCUACCGACGUGCCCCCGCUACCUUCGAUUCCAUCUCAGUAUGGACGAAAACCGCAAAAUCGGCGUGCGGUGAGCAUGGAGCCGUCGAUGCGGGCGCCUCCAGCUUCUCCGCCGCGCUCUGUGGCUAGGGGUGUUGAUCGGGAGCAGGGCAGAGGAUCUCCGAUUCAUCAACGUGUGACUAGCCUGGGGAUGUUACCUGAAUUGGAACGACCGGAAUUGGAACGAUCGGGAAGUCGUAACUCCGUGAAUUUCUCGUAUCCUUUGGGCUCACGGCCUACUUCGCCUGCGGCCGAAAGUCCUCCUAAGACUCUCCACGAAGCCAUCCAGGAGCCUAUACCCGAGGAACCCGUGCGUGAGAAGCCUUUGCAGGAGAGAAGCCCUAAUAGACCCAGAGCACAAGCGUCUGGUAGCGUUGAAGGAAGUCCUGCUGCCACGAGGUCGGGUCGGUUGGCUGGUAGCGCUGCAGCUGCAGCUCUAGGUGUGACUCCGCAAAAGAGCAGUCCUAAGGUGACUGCCCGGCCUGAGCAGGCGCGAGAUGCGCCUGUACCGGCCGAUCCCCUCGAACAAUAUACCGGCAACGCAAAGCCUGUUGCGGCCACUACGAAACACGACUACACAUCUUCUCGCACGCUCCAUGAGGGGUGGCCGUCCACAGUUCGAGAACAAGAAGAACCCGAAGACUUCGAUCGAGAUGUCGAUGAUAUUCAAAUACGACAGGGUAGGAAUCGGAUGACGAGUGCGUCUCCGACCGCCGAUCAUGUUGAGGCUGUGCCAGCGCCAGUGGCCCCGUCAUCUCCGUCAGAGCUGCGCCCUGAGCAGCAGCAAAAUCUCCGUCAAUCAAGCAGCCCAGGUCGGUCUGCCCGGUUUUCCCAGUUGUUGCAGGUGAGUGGCGCCGGUGAUCAAAUUCACCAGCCUCCACCCAGAUCGGUUUCCCCUGUCAAAUCGGCUCUCAAACACCCACGAAGAAGCUCUUCGUCUCCUGACAGGAGGCUUUCGGUAACGGGUCGCGUCCAGCCAUCGAGCGAACUAUCAGAUGGUACCUCGGUGGCUUCGGACGAGGGAGCCCGAAUUGGCGCUAAGAAAAAGGCCCAUAAAGUCAGUUUCGACGACGAGGCUGAGGUUGUAGGCUUGGCUGCCAGUCCUCCUACCUCGCCGGAGGAAUACACGCCUGAGUCACCACCUAGCAAUAAGGCCAAGUCUCGGAUGAGUUGGCUUGGCGUUGGAAAGAAGAAACCCCCGAUGGAACUUGCUAGUGACGAUGACUGGAACGUUGUCAUGAAACCUCGACAAGAGCUCCCAUCGUUCGGCAGCAUCCGAGGAAGUCGUGACGGUGGGAUGAAAAGGCUGCCAAUUCCGGAUUUCAGUGACAAUGAGUCCAGCUCCUCGUCUGACUCCGAUGCGCCAUCGAAGCAGAAGAAGUCGUCCCCAAUUGAGCAUACCUUCGGAGGAAUCCUCUCCAAGCCCCAGCCUACCCCAGCUGAAUACUUCCCACCUCAUGAUGUUUCUACAUUGGAGCAGUUGUCUGUCAAUGGUGCUGCGAAACCUACCCAACCAACCGCCACCCCGGAAAAUAAAUUCACAGAUGAGCCCGCCAACCGGCAACCGGACGCUGGGGUGAACUCUGAUCUGUCUGUACCAGCGAUUGCUAUCGAGCCUGCUACUCCCCCAGCAGAGGAACACAAGCAGAGCUUUGAUUCGAAAAGAUCCAGCAUGGACCAGUAUAGGAUUCCAGGCGGGUUCCCGCCUUCCGGAUCGGAUCGCAGCCUGAAAUCAACAGCGAAGAAGACGCAGUCUCAGGUUGUGGCAAGUGCCGUUCCUACUCUAGAUGAUGUGGAUACCGAGGACGAAUAUAGUGACAGCAUCUACAGUGAUGCGCCUGAAGACAUUGACAUUGAUGGUGAUGGGUUUGGAUCUAUUAAUGCCAUUGUUGAUAAGGGGUCAGCUCCAAGGUCUGCACCGCCUUUAGAGACUGUCAGCGAAUCCCGCGAUGCAACUCCAAAGCCUGUGGAUCGUACUACAAUCUCCGAUGCUCCUUCACAAAAUGUGAAUGUCCAGGUGCCCGAAGAGGUGCGCUCGGUCACUCCAACCCAAAACUCAGUCAACCGACUAGUAGAGGAAUCUCCUGCCUCCUCGGUGGGCUAUGCAUGUGAGCCUGAACGCUCGCCGGUGUCAGCCAUGCCUAUUCCCCGCAGCUCACCGGGCCCGGAUGGAAGCCCUCAGGCACAGUCCAACACGCGGGCCCGUCCCAUGUCUAUGGCCGUAGAUACGAAUGGUGCGUCUCGUAUGCGGGAUCCCCGAUAUUCGAGCAACGAUACCUCCCCCCAAGGUGGUAAUGCUAAACAGCGGCCACUCUCUGUUGGCCCAGCUUUCCACAAAGCAGCAGGGCCACCCAUCUUCCCUUCCAGCCUCCGUCGGAAAACAUCGAAUGGAAGCGAUUCUUCAAGCAGCUUCAAACGCGCCUCUCGUCGAGGAGACGCAGUCUCGAUGCGCCGGACAAUGCGAGCUGGCGCUGGUGCAAACGGCCAAGCCCAGCCCCCAACAGAACGCCACGAGUCUCCACUUGAGCACCGGCCCAUGUCUUCCGGCUCCUCGAAUGGCACAAUGCGCAAGACUCUUCGCGGGCCUGCUCGAGGCGAGCGAUAUUCGUACUUCUCGACAAACAACAAGGCACCCCCAAGGGCGAAGUUCACAAAGCCACCUCCCAAGUCUGCUCGCACAACGCGGUUCGCCAAUUCAGAUGACGAGAACGAGGACGAGCCCCGGCCCCAGUUCUUCACCAGUCGAUUCGCAGAUUCCAGCGAUGAGGACCAACCUCGCAACACUGCCCUCCGUCCCGUUCGUGGGAUCCCACGCCGCAAGGGUGCUGACGAUGGCGACUCCACAGAGCUAGAGGAUAGUUCUGAGGAGAGUGCCCGCCAACAAGCCCAGUCAGGCAUUGCUUUGGGGGCAGUGCCCCCUUCACCAGGCACCAGUGGAAACAACGCACCACCGCGGAGCAUGUCAGGGAUGGCAGCUGUGGCCCGGCAACGAGGCAUGUCGCAAAGGGAUCUGGAGGAGUUCAUCAUGGCGCCUCCGCGCGGUCGGAAACCCGGUCUCCUGACAAGGCUCGGCAUCAAGAAGCCCAAGAAUUCCGAAAACAGGAUCCGCAAAUCCGACAUCGAAAGCCCCUCCCGCAGAGACACGCCGCUAGAACGCUCCCGCAUGGAACUCGAUCAACUACGCGGCGACGGCAUCGUGACCGGAAACUACACAACGGUUUCCGCAGGAAGCCCCGAGCCAACACCCUCCAAGCUCGUGAAGAGAAACUCCAAACGCCAAUCCACAGCACCGGACGCAUGGCCGCUUCCCCCGGAUGCCAAAGAGCCUGCUCUCCAACCAGUCGCAGAACAGCCACAGGAUGUCCCCCCGCCACCGCAAACCAUCGACAAUGUAGAUGCUGCGCGUAACGGGAGCAUCGUUGCCAACGGCGAUCCUGCCGGCGCAUCCCCCAUUGCAAAAGAGCCCGAGGCCCACGGGGAUCCGAAUAACGAUAGUGCCUCUGAGAUCACGAGUCCUGAAGUGCAGGGUCAUUCAGCGCGCGAUGUGGUGAUCGCUGGCUCGGGGCGGAAGAAACGAUUCCCUCUUCUUCGGAAGGCGUUCGGUCUGCGUGCUUGA